CUUCAAUAACCUCCAGGAAAGCUCUGAGGUUAGGGAGACUAGCACAGCCAAAGAAGACAUGAGGAGUCUGCUGGCACUGCUGAUCCUGACUCUGGCCCUGGCAGCACUCUGCUGUUGUGAGAAAGAUCCCAAAGAACCCUCAGGAUCUCUCAGUGCUGACAGCAUCAAGAUCAAAAAAGAAGUUGCCAAUGCCUUUGUGAAGAGGAAGAAGAGAGCCAGUCCUUAUGAAUGGUACCUGGAGUACUACAAAAGCCCGAUGGAGCAGAUGCACGAGCGCUGUGAGAACUACCCCCCCUGUGACUAUCUCUCCGACCAAGUGGGGUUUGCCCUGGCCUACAACCGCUUCUUUGGCAGGUACUGACCGUGGGAAGGUCUCUGCUCCUUUGCUUGGAACACUCCGAACCCCGCAGGAGAAAGAAACUGUGCCUGGGAAGGAGAGAACGAAAGCAUCUGGACUGGCAUCUUCUGUUGUGUCCCCACUAGCUGGAACACCAAGGCUGGGAUUAUACCACUUGUUGAGCUUCCAUUAACUUUCUUCCUUUCAUCAAUAAAGUCUCUCUUCAAACAACUUUUAUCGUAUUUUAAGCUUCACCAGAAGACCCUGUCUUAUUUCCUUCCACCUGAAUCCCUAGCACACAAUAUUUGGAAAAUAGGGAUUAAUUUCAAGAAAACCACUGCAUGCCUUAGAAUCAUCACUAGAUCUCUUAUCCUCUUCUGCAAAAUACAGGAGGGUUAUGGAAGAAGAAUGUCACAGUGUGUGUAAAUGUGAUGGAUCUGAUCCUGGGAUGCUCGCUGUGAAGAAAGAAGAACACCUGCCUCCUGUUCCAAUUAGUGGGAAAGUUCAGUAUUUUCAUGUAAUAUAAUCACAUUAAAUAUGCAUCACAGUAGGAUCAUUUGUAAAGAUAGAAGUGUGCAAACACUCUUGCAUAGUUACAUAGAUAGCAAUCAGCUUCUGGUACACUCUUCUGAUUACUCUGUUAUAAAAUUUGCUGUAUAGCAACAAUAAAUAAAUCCCAAAAAGUGUGUUUAAGGA